CUGCGGGCUGGAGGGUGGCAGCACAAGGAAAUCAGGUCGUUUUCACGCCCCGUACAAGAAGCCGAGGGGGGGGAAGAGGUGGAGGGGAAAGGCGAUCGGCCAAGCUCCACACACCCUUGCAUCACAGCGUGCUGCGACUCUCGACGCGCUGGCCGAGAGCUUGACGGUGCAUCGUCACGCGGAUGAGCGCCUUGACUCGGCUCGGGGAAGGCUUCCACCACGUCCUCAUGAACCUCGCGAAGAGAAGAGCUCGGAUCUCGGAGUCUGCGAGCAGCCGAGUUGGCGCGCUCCCACAUGGUUGGCUUACCCUGCAUCACUCCGGCGAAGAACUCGUCCACGGCCUCUUCGUCGUCGUCGCCGUCACGAAUAGAAAGAGACUUCGACAGGGAGCGACGAUAGCUUCGCGGGUUGGCGAGCAGGUGCGACAGCAGUUUGUAGACGAGAUGCGCGAUCCGACAGCUCGACAAGCGUACCUCCGCUGAGCUCAAGCCGAAACUGGCCUGAUGCUUGGCAGUGCUGGAGGCCACUGCUCUCGACUCCUCGUGGCGCCGUGCAUCCUGCCGGGCGCCCGCGCUGGAAGGCCUGAGCAUCGUUAGCUUCGCGAGCAUCGGCAGAGCACCGAAAACGAACUGGGGCAUAGCUCGGGGCUUGAUCUCAUACGGACCAAGCUAAAUGCAUCCGUAGUGGUCUUCAUGACCUUGGAGCGCAACAUGGAUAACGAUCCAACCACGUAGGAGCAUCGAUAACCUGUGCAGCGUUGCUUCGUUGUGUUCCGACUGCGUAUCGAACAGCACGUCCAACAGAAAUACAUACAUAACCGAAGUGGUAAUUCGACGCAGACCCUGCAUUCAAUCCGACGGAUGUGAUGACGCAGAAUCCAUUCGCCAUGAGUCCCGCCUUCAGCGCCUAGGUCGAAUCGAAACCCCACAUAUGGAAACGAACAUGAGCUUACACCAAGACGGUACACCAAGCGAUGCUGUCAACCACGAUCCACGAUGUGUCUUGACGAUUGUCCGACACCGUGGACGCAUAUCAUAAGUAUAGCAGCGGGCCAACAAGCAACAUGGUACACAGACGUACUCCGAAGACGGUCUUGCGGACUCGUCCAAAAUCUUCCAUGGCUUUAAUGAAGUGCUUGAUCCAGCGCCCGUCUGGAACCGGCAUGAUCAAUCGGCGUGUGAAAGCCGAGGCGCCUCAUCUGCAGAAAAGGCCUUGCUCCGACCAGGGCGCGCGUCAAUCGCGCAUCCUUCCCGGCGAUCUGGGUGUACCCGGCGGCAUCAGGCUUGCCUGCAGGGGCAGCCUGAGCCCGAACCAGAAUGGCUACGGAUCGUGGGCGCCUCGUGUGCGCCACACGACACGCAGCACGGCC